AUGCUGACAUUGCAGCUGCCUCCCCGUGACAGCAGCGUCGAUUUCACGCCACACGGAUACGAAAUUAUAUCCUUUGUUGGUCGUGGUCAGUUUGGAGUGGCCUACAAGGUUCGCCGACUCUCCGAUUCCAGCGAGUGGCUAGCAAAACAAAUCGACUUGAGCUGCCUCGAUGAACGAGACAGAAAACUCAGUCUGCAAGAGGCAGAGCUGAUGAAGCGUCUCCAGCAUCCGUCAGUAGUGCGAUGCGUGGAGUCCUUUGUGAUUUUGAAUACGUUCUUGGUUAUCGUCAUGGAGUACUGCUCGGGAGGAGAUUUGACCACCUUUCUGGAAGAGCGGCGAGGAGGAGGGGUGUCGACUCCGCGGAAGGCGCAGUCGAGAGACGCAUGCCGUGGAGUUUCUGCGUCUUCUCGGCUGCUUGGAGAGCAGCAGAUUCUCGAGUGGCUUGUGCAGCUGCUGCGAGGUCUUCGCUACGUUCACUCGCAGCGUGUCUUGCAUAGAGAUCUCAAGCCCAGCAACAUCCUGCUCUCGACGUGGGGGAUAGAAAAGAAAAGAACUGCUGCCUCCCCCCCAUUACCCCAGGCAGGAAGCGAGGAGGGGGAGGACGAAGAGGAGCACGAUGAAACAAGACACUACGGGGAGGAAAAAUGCGAGAACGGCGGCGUUUUUCUCAAGAUAGGAGACUUCGGAAUCAGCAAGGUUAUGACAGCAACGCUUGGAGUCGCGAAAACUGCUGUCGGAACGCCACAGUACAUGUCUCCCGAGAUGCUCGAAGCUCGCCCUUACACCAUCAAGAGCGAUGUCUGGGCUUUAGGCUGUGUGCUGUACGAACUCUGCACGCUGCGCAAUGCCUUCGCAGCAGACUCCUUCAUUUCUCUCGUCUGGACCAUCGCGUUUGCGCCGAUAGAGCCGAUCAGCAGCAUUUACUCCCCCCAUCUCUCGCGUCUCGUCUUUGCCAUGCUGGAAAAAGAUCCCACAAGACGUCCCUCCCCUUCACACCUCCUUAAGGAUCCUUUUCUGGAGGCAUUUGCAUGCAGACAGCAUCCGAGGCUGCCUCGCCGGCAGCAGCACACGCGACAGAGGGAAAAGUCUCCCCCCACACGGAGAGAGACACGCGCUCCCUCCUUCGCUGUCUUCACCGAUGAAUAUCUUCAAAUCAUUCUUGGGAGGAUCACUCAAAGGAUGGCAGACGAGGAGUCUGCGUUGCUGCUGCUGCAUCGAGCGUGGCAGAAGACGGCUCAAGAGCUUCCCGCGUCUCCUCAGGAUGCUAAGAAUGAGACUAAUCUUCCUCCUGCUGAUGCUACUAGGGCGUUCUCUGUCAGCUGGCUUGAGGCCUUUGUUGAUUUAGCCGACGUUUACGUUUCCCAAGUAGAAGUUGGCAUUGUGCUUCAUCAGCUGCAGAGCCAGUGCCUCUCUCCGGUGUUGACUGCUGGAUUCUUCUUCGCGCGGCUAAUGCACGAGAAACAUGAGGCCUAUGAGGAGUCUCUUCUUUGGACUGCUCAUAUCGUUAGCGCUGCAACAUCUCCAGGGGACCACUCUACAGGAGCGCCAGUGCAGCAGCAGCAGGGAGUCGAAGCAGACGCUUUAGGCACAGUGCAUAGCGUAGUUGUAGGAAAGGAAGCCCUUGCGGCAGCUUUCUCUUUAUUCGAUACAAACAAAUCUCAGCUGAUCACUCGGCAGCAUUUCCGCACAGUGUUGCAUGUAUGCCUCCCUUCUUUGUCAUCCCUGCUGCUGGAUAAAGCCUACCAGGUUACACCGAAAGACAAGGCGGGGAAUGUAAAGUUCACUUUGUGGCUGCAGCAGCUCACCGUCCUCACAACGACAGCCACCCUAACGGCAGCAGACGGAGAAGAAGAGACGGCUUUGCAAGGCACUUCCACUCCUCUGCCACGUACAGCAGAGGCUGCUGCAGCUGGCGAUGCUCCUUCUGCAACUGUCUGCGAGGGUUUUGCGGGGGAGUCUGUUGCAUGUGGCACAGAUCAAGCGGCACACGUUGACGUCGCGUUUGCUGCAGCGAAUGCCUGCGCUGCAGAGUCGCAGACACCCUUUUUGCCCGCGAAUGGUAGCAGUAUACCUGCGGAAAGGGACGCUCAAGCAGCAGCAGCAGCGGCUGUCGCAGUUCGCCACUCACAAAGCUCAUCAGACGCUGCUGCCGUUCCUCAAGAGGCGAGGCUUUCGCAAGCGGCAGCAGCCUCCCCAGCUGCGUCUGAAGCAUGCAGUCCAUGCUGCACACCAGGGACAGACUCUGAGAGAAGGGAGGAGGAAAAGCUGACACCCGCAUCAUCAGCAGCAGUAGCAGUCGUGCAUCUGUCCUCCUCAACUCCCGCGACAGAUGCUGGACGCUGCGGAGAAUGGAAGCCUCAACACACGGUUCUCGGAACGACAGCUACCUGCUGCCCCUCCCCCUCUUCGCCCUCCGCAGCGAACUCCCCAGACUUCGCCACUCCUAGCAACUGUCUCUCCCCACGUUUCUUGCCUUCGCCCUUUCAACACCAGCAGCAAGAGCAGGAGCAGCCGCCAGGAGAGCAGAGGGAGCAGCAACAGCAAGAGCAGAGGGAGCAGCAAGAGCAAGAGCAGAAGCAACAGCAAGAGCAGAAGCAACAGCAAGAGCAGAAGCAAGAGCAAGAGCAGAAGCAAGAGCAAGAGCAGAAGCGAGAGCAAGAGCAGAAGCAACGCACUCCUUGUGAGGAAGCCUUCGUCUUUGAAGGCGCAUUGUCACCUCCCGCCGCUUCUGCUUCAGUCCCUGCUGCUAGCACUGUGCAUGCACUCGACAAUCAGACGUUGCUGAUAAGGCCUGAGGCAACCACGACACGUGGCUGCCGUUGCAUGCCUGCUCCACCUCUGGCUUUCUCUGUUGAUGCCUUCGGAGCUCGCCUCAACAGCCUCCCAGCAAGCGCUGAUGAAGCUUUCGAAAAGCAGCAGACGCUGACAUACGGCUACCAGGAACCCCUUCGCCUAGCAGGCUGUGCGACCUCUGGCAUUUGCCGCUCUACCCCCGAAGGCUUACCCGCAGCGAGUGCACAACAGCAAGAGCAACAACAACAGCAAGAACAACAACAACAGCAACAGCAAGAGCAAGAACAAGAGCAACAACGACAGCAACAGCAAGAGCAACAACGACAGCAACAACACGAACACCAACAACAGCAGAAACAACAACACGAACACCAACAACAGCAGAAACAACAGCAAGAGCAGCACCAACACGCUGCAGCCGCCCCAGCCUUUGCUGCAGCAGCGGCAGAUGUCGCAGCACACCACACUCCAGGAAAAACUGCAUCUGCCUUCAGAGGGAGCCCAGCAAAUUCACACGCCUCCCAUGUCUCCCCCCCCGUACAAUUUCCUGCAGCAGCAAAGGCUGGGGGUGCAGCUGCAGCACAGCGACAAGCAGCUCGACUCGAGAAAAAGGCAACAUACAUGUCGCCUCCACCCCAAGGAGACCUCCUUGCUGCUCCCUCCAUGUGCGUGGAAAAUCGUUCAAACGCUGUAGCAGCGGCGGAAGCCAUAGUCUCGGAGCUGCCCUUAGUGCGAAGUCUGCUGCAGCUGCUGAAUGCAGAGCGCAUGGCAUGCAGCAGCGCAGCUCUCAACCCCAGCGAGGACCUCCUGCUGUGGUGCAUAGACACCCAAGCGGCGACACGUGCUGCACUUGCCGCCUUUUCGACAGCAGCAGUGCAAGGCGACGGAGGUUCUAGGGAGCAGCACCAGCAGAGACACGCACUGGCAUGCGAGUGGCAUGCAAAGCUCUCGCCGUACCAGGGUAUUACUUCUACCACUAUCACUAGCGCUGGCGUUGAAGCAGGAUCAGCAAUAGCCUCAGGCUUCGCCAUCGCGAUAACUCUAGAGCAACAGUAUGCAAGCCUUGCUCGCUCCAUUCAGUCUCGCAGCAUUGCUGCAGCAAGAGCUCUAGAAGAACUCUGCUCAGAUGCUGAGGUGUUCGUACACCUGACCAUCUUGCGAGAGCAGCUUAUUCAAGAGUUUGUCGUCGGUCUAAGAGUGGCAACAACAGCAACAACAGCAGCAACAGCAGCAACAACAACAACAGCAGCAACAGCAGCAACAACAACAGCAGCAGCAACAACAGCAACAGCACCGCCUCUCUAUGCAGAUGACAUGAAGCAUUUUGUGCAUCUGGUGGCAGAGAAGAGGCGACUGCUGCUGCAAGCUUUAGGCUUUUCAAGACAGCAUGUGCAAGACCAGCUGCAGCAGCAGAUUCCAGUGUUGCAGCGUCUUGCCGCGAUGGAGGAUGCACUGUGUAGAGGCUGCAGCAUUAGCAAGGCGAGCUGGUUGCAUACCGCAGCCGCUGCAGGCGCUGCAGUGGACUAUGUCAUUGCCGAUAUCCUCCAUGAUAUGACAGCCUCGAUUCGACUCGCGCGCAAACAGUGUGACACACUGCUGCUGCAAACGCAGAAAACGUCAGCGUCAGGUGCUAGUGCAUGCUCAGCAUCUGAAACACCUCACGUGCCAACAGCCGACUUCGCCUCCCCUCACCACACACCUGCAGCAGCAACUCGAACGCCAGCAUCAGCAGACUGCACAACAGAUGUCACUGCGCGCUGGGGAGCAGCGAGAGCACAGACAGCAGCCGCUGCCGCUGCUGCCCGAACAACACGCCAUGCGAAUGGGAGCUUUCCCUGA